AUGAUGAAGAAGGGUAUGAUAAUGGGUGCUUCUGUUUCAACUGUAUACUUCAAUUUGAGGCGUAGGCACCCAACACUGGACAUGCCCCUUAUAGAUUAUGAUCUGGCAUUUCUCUUUCAGCCAAUGCUCGUGCUGGGCAUCAGCAUAGGAGUUGCCUUCAACAUCUUGUUCGCCGACUGGAUGGUUACAGUUCUACUUAUUAUUCUCUUCUUAGGUAAUAACAUUUUGACCACAAUUUCCUAA